AUGGUUGUUGCGAUAUGCGGCCGCUCAGGGGAUGUUGUCAAGCCCCUUUUGAAACCCCACUGGUGGAUGAGGAUGAAGCCGUUGACGAAACCUGCCAUGGCAGUGGUUGAAAGCGGCGAACUUGUCAUCCGACCAGAGCUACAGAGGCGACAAUACUUGCAAUGGAUGCGAAAACUGCAAGACUGGUGCCUGUCAAGGCAAUUGUGGAGGGGUCAUCAGAUCCGGCAUAUCGAUCAGUAUCGAGGAACAGAACGUGAGGCUCGGGAAAAGGUAGAGCAAAAGCUCCCCGGCAAGAAAUCGACCCUCAAGCGAGACGAGGACGUGUUAGAUACCUGCUUCAGCUCCGCGCUGUGGCCGUUUAGCGCGCUGGGUUGGCCAGACAAGACGUCAGAUCUCGAAUACUUCCCGAACACAACGUUGGAGAACAGGUUGGGACAUUAUACAGUUCUGGGCAAUGUUAUUGAACCGGUUGACGUACUUGAUGGCAUCAGCGUUGCCGAUCUGCAUCAAAGGCUGCUACACGGCAAUCUCGCCCCAAGCGAAGUCAAUAACGCCCAAAAGUAUCAAAAAAAGGCCUUCCCGCAAGGCAUUCCUCAGGUCGGAGCCGAUGCCUUGCGGUUCUCGCUCACAAGUUACGUCCAGCCGCCUGGCGGCGAUGCAGUCGGAGAGUGCGAGUUCUCACGGUCGACCCAGAUCGGUUACCGGUACUUGUAUGAUGAAUUAUUCGACAUUUAUAUUGAGAAUUCCAAGUCCAUCGUGUCAGAUGGAACUCCGGAAGAAGCUCGUUCGGCCAUGGACACACUCUACUCUAUACUUGAAUCUGGUUUGCGACUCGUGUCCCGGUUCAUGCCCUUCCUGACUGAGAAGCUUUGGCAGCGGCUACCACGCAGACCUGGCGACAACACAUGCUCCAUCACCAUCGCCACGUAUCCAGAGUAUGAGUCGUCCUUGCAUGAUCCAACAUCUGAAGUAGCCUGUGGGCUUGUGCUGGGCUGCUCGAAAGCCAUCCGUUCGCUCUUGGCGGACUACGCCGUUAAGCAUUCAGGCCUGGCUUAUAUCGCACCUCUUAACCAAGUGUUGUAUGAUACCGUGUCGGCGCAGCUCCCCGCCAUCAAGUCAGUCAUCAGUGGCAGGGCACAGUAA